GCCGUAUGAUGAAUCAUUUAAUUGAUUGAUUGAUUGAUUGAUUGUUUGAUUGAUUGAUUGACUGAUUGACUGAUUGAUUGAUUGAUUGAUUGAUUGAUUGAUUGAUUGAUUGUGUGAAUCAAUUACUAAUUGAUUGGUCUUUUUCAUCGAUUCAAUCAAGCAAGUGAUUGGUUAUUUGAUUGGGUAAAACCAGGCCAGUGAGUUCUCGCCCCUGUGCAUCACAAUGAGCGCUGGUUUGCGACUGGGAUAUGGCAGCGUGGCGACAGCUGCGGGGGAGAGAUCCGUCUCCAGCAUCGAGUGGAUGGGAGUCGAUGUCGGGGACAGAAUAGCCUCCUUCUUGAGAGAGAAGGAGAGAGAGGUCCGCGACGACAAGGCUGCAGGAGUAGUAGCAGCAGCCGCGGGUAUCAGCACCGCCGGCGGCGCCGGGGGUGGGCUGGGGCUGACAAAGGGGCUUGGUCCCCCUUCCUCUCAGCCAAUCAACGGCAGCAGCAGCACCUCCCUCCUCCCUCCGCCAUCUCCUCUUCAGGAGUCGGCUAUGGUGAUCAGCCCCCGUUCGGCCUCUUCUUUCUCCUCGUCGGUGGUACUGCCUUGGUCGACUGCACAGAGAGAACAGAGGGAUCAGAGAGAACGAGAGGGAGGAGGAGGAGGAGGAGGAGGAGGAGGAGGAGGAGGAGGAGGUGGCGGCGUCGAAGCGCGGACGAUGAUGAUGAGAUCGGCCGUCGGGACUGAGACAACCUUCGGUCCGUAUUCUGGGUCAGAGCGGUUCUACGGACAGCAGCCAACUGUUGGGACCAGGAUUGACACCGGGAUCGGGACUGGGAUUACGACGACUGGGAGUGCGACGGGGAUUGGCACUGGCAGCAGUGAGAGAGGACCACCUCCUCCUCCUCCUCCUCCUCCUCCUCCUAGUCGUAGUACUGCUACGGCCAGUACGACUAGUGCUGAAGGGGCUACUACCGUUCGUAGUCUGGAUUUCGAAUCUGCCGAUGGGAGAGGGGACAAGCAGCUCGUCUGGAGUGGAAAUCGUCAGCGACAAGAGCAUUGUCGCCAUAGCCACGAGCUAGAUAGUCCUCCCGCUUCGUCUUCCCCUCGCCUUGAUGAGUCUAAUCAUCAACCUCAUUCUCUGCGAUCUCCAGAUCAACGGCAGUAUCGUCAUCAUCGGCUGAAUAGGUACCACCCACGACAUUACUCGUUCUUUAACAAUUCCAAUAAUAAUAAUAAUAAUAAUAGUAAUAAUAAUGAUAAUAUGAAUAAUAAUGCAGCUUAUCAGCAACAAGGAAGAGGGGGAAGUGGGUUUGAAUUGGCAUGGUCUGGCGGAGGUACAGGACUUGUGAGGAGUGAUGGGAGAGGUGGUGGUGGUGAUGGUGGAGAAGCGAGAGGAGGAGCUUUGGCUAUGGAGGACGUGGCUUCUCAGCAAGCCCAGGCGAUGGAUGAUAGCGAUCUUCGUCGUUCGACACACCAAAUGGCGACUCCUGCCUCAGAAGCAACCGGUUUUCUCUCAUCUUCCAGCAGAUUCAGUCCAAAUACAGUGUCAAGUGCUAUGUCAGCAUUGUCGUUGGGAGCGGCGACGGCAGCGACAUCCGCCAGUCGGCGCAGACUGGGUCCGGCCAUGGAUUCCCGCACACAAAAGUUCAGUUGGCAGCAGGCUUAUCUGGAAUUCAAAAGGCGCCUAUGUAGCAAUUUUGGGAGAACGGGUGGAGGAUCUUCAUGGCGGCAGGUUGCCCCCAAUGGGAGGCUGAAUGGCGGCGAGACGGACAGAGUUGUGGCAGGAAACAGCUUGGGGAUGGAUGGAAGGGGGGACGGCUACUCGGCGAGAACAUCUCCCGUAAGUGGAGCGGCUGUUGGGUGUGCCGCCACGGGCAGUGAAUGGCAAGACAGGGAGGGCAUGAUGGUGGCUAGCCGAGAAGCAUCAGGAAUGGCUGUCGCAGAUUGGGUAGACCCUCCAGUGAGGCCAAAAUUAUGGUGGGAAGACCGAUACGAGGUAGACUGGGUCCCUAAAGAAAUCUUUCUGAAGUUUCGCCAGCACAUAGAGGGGUAUCGGAUUGGCGCAAACAUUGAGGUAAACAGCUGUCAGAUGAAGUUUGUCCUGAAGCCUGGCGGGCCGAAGUGCAGAUGGAAAUUAGUCUACACACCGACGGACAGUGAUAUCCAUUUUCUCACCAAGAAAAUCCCUCUUGGUUCACUUCUGAAUUUCCAGGUUGGGGUGGGACAUAAUGUGAGCUCGGGGACGACAGGCUGGAAAUGGAAACUGACGUCACCGCUGACGGACUGGACUUCACAGCAGUGGAGGCGUAAAGCAACCAUCCCUGUGUGCCCUGGGCUGGACAUGCGGAUUGGAUGGCAGGCAGAGUAUAUCAUGCCUAAUUUGCAAGGGGAUGAUGACCGUAGGGAGAGGCGAUUUCAAGAUUGCUGCGGCUUUCUUCGUGAGGACGGGUUGAAUCGUGUGUGAGCGAUAGUAAUAACACGAUGUAAUGUAAUUCGGAGAUCUAUUAUCGCGAAACAAAUUGCAUUGUUAGCG